AUGUCAACCCUCCGAAGCUGUAUUACAGCCCGAACUCGCCAGUCCCUGUCGACCUUCCUCACGGGCUCUCACUCUGCACUCGCUCGUCGAUGGACACACACAACCCCUCCAGGGUCCCCUAAGACCUCCCGAAGCGUCCUUAACCGCGAAGAAUACCGGAGUAAGCACUUCGUCGAGAACAAGAUCGAACUGCGCACUCGUUUAAAAGGUGCCCCCUACAACAUCGCCCGCCUCGCCGAUUUAGUCCGGCAAGUCAGUGACAAGCCCGGCCCUUGCGAAAAGGACCUCCUUGAUAAUCCGGACUAUGACUCGCUUUUCCUCGGCACGAACGAAGCCGAGGUCGAAACCUACUACUCAACUCAGGUCUUCCCGGCUGUGGCCGGCUCCCGCGCCCUCACCCGCAGUAUUCGCUACUCCCUCCGCCAAGAGACCGUCCCCAAUCUCAACUCGAAGUUUAAAAUCAGCCGGCCUGCCCCGGACCUACUGUACGGAUACAAAUUCCCAGGCGCAUUCUCGCAGUCCCAACACGCCCGGCUCGGAGCACUAGGCCUCGACACACCCGCCACAACCCAACUACACCACCCGCCAUUCUUCCCAUUUUUCCCCAUCGAAUUCAAAGGCGAGUCCGGCAAGCUAUACGUAGCUGUAAACCAGUGCGUUGGCGGUUCCGUGGCAUGUGUCCACCUGAUGGAACAGCUCAAGGCAAAGCUCCAGCAGCACGCCACGGCGAACAACUUGCCCAAUCUCACCAACCUUUCCAACGCCCUCGACACAGCUGCAUUCAGCGUCGCCAUGAACGGCACCACAGCCUUCGUUUUCAUCACCUGGAGACACUACGGUGGCAAGGAGGAACCUCAUUUCAUCAUGGCCCCUGUCGAGACGUUUACCCUGCACUCCACGGAGGACUACCGCGAGUUCUACAGCAUGGUGCAGAAUACUGUUAGCUGGGGUGCUGGGGAGAGAUUACGGGGGAUUCGGGCUUGUUUGGAUGUGGUUAGGAUUGAGCAGGCGCGGGGGAAGAGUGUGGAAGAGAGACGGGGCACAGGUCGCCGGGGGUCGAGUUCAGGGGCGGCAACCAAAACAGCCGCUGCGGCAGGAGGGCAUCAAAGGAGGAUGAUUGAGGCGUAG